AUAUUGUAUCAAAAUGUUUAGAUUUUCGCCUCUACCAAAGAUUAAAGAUUGGAAUAUCUAUCGAAAUUCUUUAAAAUAUCUAAAGAAUAAUACAUUAAAAACCAAAAACGAUAUUGUUGAUAAAAUAAAGUUAAAAGAAACUGUCGAGAAUACAGUGAAUGGUUUCCGAGUUCAAAAUCAACCAUUACUUUGUUUAUCAACUUUAACACAAGAUAGAAAACUUAAACGUAAAUCUUUAAAAACGAAACAGCUCAAAAAGGAUUUUCAAAGAAUAUGCGAGAACAUACAAAACAAAAUAAAAAUCAAUCCAAUUUUAUUUGGUGCAGCUGGAUUAUCUGUAGUUUCAGAUGAAUCAGUAGUAGAACCAAUUCCAGAACCUCCGACAAUUCCAGAGGGCACUGAGGAAAUAAUUAACCAACUAAAUAAAUUAGGGGAACCCACAUUUGAAUCUAUGGGUUUGGGAGGAUGGAGUCCUGUGGGUAUGGCACAAAACUGUUUUGAAUAUUUACAUGUUGAUCUUGGUUUGGAAUGGUGGGCUGCCAUCGCAGUAGGUACUCUUGUUGUCAGGUUAUUACUGUUUCCUUUAGUAAUAAUAGCACAACGUAAUGCGGCAAGAAUGAAUAAUUAUUUGCCCCAGCUGCAAGCCAUUCAAGUCAAAAUGACUGAAGCUAGACAAACUGGCAAUCAGUUGGAUGCAGCUAGGUAUUCCCAGGAGUUGAUGAUUUUUAUGAAAGAAAAGCAGUUGAAUCCUUUUAAGAACAUGGUUGUGCCCAUAGCCCAGAUGCCUAUUUUUGUGUCGUUUUUUGUUGGAUUGAGGCAAAUGACAAAUAUCCCAGUGCAGAGUUUAGAAACAGGUGGUUUGUGGUGGUUCACAAAUCUUACAGUUCCUGACCAGUAUUUUCUAAUGCCAAUUAUUACUAGUGCAACAUUAUAUGCUACCAUUGAGUUGGGUACAGAUUCAGCAAAAUUAUCAGCACAAAAUCUUCAAGUGAUGAGAUACUUCCUUAAGGCUUUGCCUGUGGUUAUUUUACCGUUCACCGUUAAUUUUCCUGGUGCCAUCCUUUGCUAUUGGGUAUCAAGUAAUUUUGUUUCCCUAGUGCAAGUGGGAGUACUUAAAAUACCAGCAGUUAGGGAUUAUUUUAAGAUAGAAGCCUUAGUAACACAUACAACUGAAAAUUUACCAAUGAAACCAAAAGGAUUUACUGAAGGAAUAAAAGACUCAUGGUCAAACAUGAAAAUUUCAAGAGAAUUGGAAGAGAGGAGAAGGUUGGAUGAAAUUAAAUUUCAAAGAGCAGGAAAGGGGCCAAUUGUAAAAACGUACAAAUAUGAUCCUACAAAACAGUCAAGUCCAUCAAAUAUUACGGCGAUGAAUGCGAAAAAACGGUAAAUUAAAUGUGUAAUUAUAGACUAAGUAAAUAAUAA